AUUGUCAGUUCUUUUCUCUCCUCUGUGAUUUCAAGUACGACUUUUCUUUGCUCGAGGAAUGAGAUUACUUUUCUCUUCCCACUCAGAGGUCUUUUUAAGGGUCAACUGAACCACCUGAAAAAUUUUACACUAGUUCCUGCGAAACAACACUGAAUUUCGAGCUAGAACUGGCAAAAAAACGCACGAUGUCAAAAAUAAUUUCAGCACGGAAAGACUGUCGAGUGUGGGCGAAGAGCUUUCUCGCCGGAAACUUUUUUUUCGGUCCGUACCAAGGAGAUGUUACCCAGUUGAUUAACAGAGUUCAGUUUCCACUAACACCUUCGGUCCAAUUCAAGGCAUCAGAGAAAAGAGAUUACAACGAACACAAUCUGCUGGAGGGCGAUUUCUCGUGGAUGUCCGAGGUGAAUCCUGCUCGUUUCCAAGAUGAACAGAACAUGGAAGCGAUAAGAACUCCUGACGGAGAUCAAAUUUACUUCAGGACCACAAGAGACAUAUCGUCUGGUGAAGAACUGAGAGUGUGGCUGGCUCCGUCUUUGGAGGAAGAACAUGGAUUGGGAUGCAUUUCUGAGGAGGCGUUUAAAGAUUAUCAGUGGAUCUGCAAACACUGUAAAGAAACCUUUCAAUAUUCCCGCGCGUUUGUAGCUCACACAACUUAUGGCUGCAGCAAUCUAGGCUCCAGUACAAGCCCACGAGGGCUAACUAUUGACAAAACGGCAGGCAUUCAUGGUUUAGUACCAAAUGAUAGCGCCGGAGACUCAUCUCUCGAAUCCAAAGAAUUAGGAAUGGAAUACCAUGAGGAGAGAGUAAAGGCGAAGACCUCCACUGCCGAACAAGGUCACUGGAAUGAGAGAAAUACCCAGAGAGACACUUCUCCGAAAAUGAACGGGCAAUCUUUAACAUUCAGUCACAGUGGUGUCUUGUCCAAUCCCAAACUGGCGAGUCUGAUUUCAAGCUUUUCACGGCCCCGCUUUCGAAAGUUUGCCAACGAACCACAAUCAUUAGCUGAGUUCCACAAGCAAGAAUUUCGAAAGAAAUUCCAAGGGAACGAGCAUUACCUUCGAAGACACCUUUACCGUGAGGGCAUGGAGAGGAGAUGUGCCACACAGUAUCGGCGCUCUUUCAUGACGAAAGAAGAUAGUGAGUUUUCUUUGGAGGAUGAUGAAGAAAAACUACACAUAAAAGAAGAGAAAGAUGAAUUUAUAGACUGCUUUCGUGACGAUUAUAUGAUAGAUCUGGAUAAAAGCAACAACUAUUUUGCUCCAUCAUCGGAGGGUGAAAUUUUCCAAAAUGGAAGUAGGAAAAACGCUUCAAAAUAUAACUUUCAAAAUGAACAUCUGCCGUUAAAUGACUCUUUUAAUUCUCAUUCGAAUAUUGCGAGCUCUUCGGAAUCCAAACUGACAUUCAUCACUCGUGGGUGCCCCCCUUCAAAUGGUCACGAAAGUAUGCGUGCGCACGAAGAACAUUUGUCACGUGCACCAGCUCGUGAAUGCACGUGCCAUCACCAUGAUGACUCAAGUGACAUUUCGAAGCAGCGUAAGAGCUCAACUUCCAAUAGAGAGACGAAUUCAAUCGAAGAAAUAACUACCGAGGAGAAUGAGGAAAAUCAGGCGACGCUUAUAGAAGAGUUAGAUCGAAACAUUUGCCGCUCAAACCAAUUCAACCAAUUACUUUCACCUACGAACUUUUCUAGAUUAGGGUCGUACUUUGCAUAUCAGAGAAUGCAUCGAGACAACGGCGCGACUUUUCAACAACAUUUACAAUGCCAUUGCAUAUCAGCGUCCUCCCUGCACCAAACAACUGAGAAUCUAUCGCGUUAUCAUGAGCCCGCGUUUUUUGUCGACUCAAUAUACCGCUACUCUACCUAUCCGCGCAUGAUUCCAUUCUUUGGGCAUCAUGCUGCAAACUCGCCCCAGACUUCCCCACGAAACCAGGGUUUUACGUGCGAAUACUGCGGUAAAGUAUACUGCAGGAAAUACGUGCUGAAAAUCCACAUGCGCACGCAUACCGGCUUCAAGCCACUCCGCUGCAAAGUAUGCGACAAGUCGUUUAGCGAUCCAAGCAACAUGAAGAAACACGUCAAACUACACGAGACAGAGGACACUGUUCAUAAAUGUAGACAUUGCGGAAGAAACUUUGUGCGUUAUAGAGGCCUGCUGAAUCACAUUAAAUCAAAGCAUUCUGAACACGUGUCUCUGUGAUAAGAACCACAAACUUGUACCCAGAUCGCAAUGCAGCAAGUGAGCGAGUGGGACCCUAAGAACUAGGUUAAAAUUAUAGUUCCAUUAUCGUCAGAUAGCGGUAAUUUUGAAUUGUGUGAAUCUUACACUGAUGAACAAGAACAAUGUAAUGAGUUCUUGGGCCUGAGUUUUUCAUCGUUAAUGGACUGUAAAAGAAAUAUAUUUCUAUUUUGAAGAUGCCAUAAGCUGUAUUUUUCUGUAAGCCCUAUAGCCACCGAAUAGUAAAACAAUUCAUUUAACACUUGCAGCUGUUUUUAUUUUUGCGAACUUACGAAUAUUUAUCUCUUGGUUUAAAUACAAUACAAGGUCGAUACUACAUGCCCUCUCAAUGUUAAUAACUCUUACUGAAUGAAAGAGGUCCUAAUUCGUAUAGAGAUUAGUAACCUCCGAAGUUCCUCUGAGACUACAAGUUGAGUUUCCAGGCUUCAAAAGCGAGGAGAAACGACACUAACUUAUAGGGCAGAUCAGUGGCGGAUCUAGGGAGGGGCCCGGGAGACCCGCCCCCCCCCCCUGUUUUGGGUGGAAAAAGAAGAAAUGACUGAAGGAAGAAAAGCCGGCAGGGCAAGUAAAACAAACGCGCCCCCCAUCCCCCCGCCUUAGCUCAAAAUCCGGAUCCGCCACUGCAGAUUUUAAGGGUAAUGGCACUCAUUGCAGACUAGGGAAGAGAAAGCACAUAGAGGACUAUGGGAAUAUCUCUUGCUUGUUCUUCUGGUUUAAGCUCCUUCCUCUUCUUCUCCUUCCCCUUCCCCUCCUGCUGUUUCUGGUCGUAUUGUUGUUGCUUCUAAAGUGCAGGUGUAGAUACAGACGAAUGUACAAGAGGUGCUCUAAAUAAUUCUAUCAACAUUUUGUUUUCUGCUCUUAAGCAGCCUCAAGACCCCCUGU